UAUUGAUAGUCAAGACAAUAGUUAUCAUUUGAUUUCUAAAUAUUUAGACAAAAAGUUUAGUGUUAAUAACAAAUAAAAUGUUGAAAAUUGCACUUUUAUUGUUUGUGAGCACCUAUGCCUCAGCCAAUCUUUUUAAUUUUGGUAUGAGUAACUAUGGUAUUAUGCCUAGUAAUGCUGGAGUCAGUAUCUCAGGUGAUGCCAAUGGUUCUGUAAGACCAGGUUUAGGUAGUCUAAUCAACACUGGGAUGGCAAUGGUUAACGAUGCUACCAGUAAAAUAAGUCAUCCUAUUGAUGGUACUAUAAAUUUGGCCAACAAUUUCCAGCAAAAUGUUUUUGGCACAGUUGGCAAAAUCCAUAAGGGAUUAACCGACGCAAUUGAAUCGGGAAAGGGAUCACUGGAGACAAUUAUCGGUGAUUUUUGCAAUCAAUUCCAAGAUAUCAAAAUGACUUUGGGAGGACUGUUAGCUGCCGGUGCUGAGAUACCUGAAAAUUUAAUUGACCAGUUCCAUACCAUUGCUAAUCAAGUUGAGCUAAAAUUGAUAAACAAAUUAACAAAUAUUGAGAAACAAAUCAUAAAUGUAUCCGGAGUUACAAAAGAUAAUUUGAUGAAAGUCAAGGAACAAAUCAAACAAGAAAUUCAAAAAAUUGUUAAACAGACUCAAGACCUCAACAACUAUAUGAGCGAUAAAUUGAAGAAAUGUCAACAACAAAGACUCAAUAUAUUGAAUAAUAUUAAGGAAGAGAUUGGAAAAGAAGUUGAAAAUAUUGAACAAAAUGUUGAGUCGGGAGCAGAAAAAAUUAAUCGUCUCAUUGAACAACAAGUCAUUGAAAUUGAUGUACGAGUCAACCAAUUGAAGAGACAAUUGGCCGAAACUAAACAAUACGUUACAGAAGAAAGUCAAAAGUUGGCCGAAGAACUCAAAACACAAAUCAAUACUAUGUUAACCACCGCUCAGACAAAUCUUGAGGAAGAGUUGAAACGAAUUGACAAUCAAUUGGAAACCGCUUCAGAAGAGGCCAGAAAAAUAUUGAAUGAACUCAAGACUGAAAUUCAAAAUAAGAUUCGCGACAUCGAAAAAAAAUUAGAAGACAUUAACAGUGUUACCAUUGCUGUCGGUACUGAUGAUAACGGUGUCGAUGCUAAUGGUGUCGAUGCUAAUGGUGUUGAUGAUAAUGGUGUUGAUGAUAAUGGUGUCGAUGCUAAUGGUGUCGAUGAUAAUGGUGUCGAUGAUAAUGGUGUCGAUGAUAAUGGUGUCGAUGCUAAUGGUGUCGAUGAUAAUGGUGUUGAUGAUAAUGGUGUCGAUGAUAACGGUGUCGAUGAUAACGGUGUCGAUGAUAACGGUGUCGAUGAUAACGGUGCCGAUGAUAACGGUGCCGGUGCUGCUAAUCUAGAUGUCAGUGUUGAAGCUGGCAAUGCAUAGAUCUAUUUUAAUGCUUAGAAU